CUCAGGUUGUCACAAAAUCAAUUAUAUUUUAUCUAUUUUUAAAUAUAAUAUCUUAUAAACCUGUUUCUAGGGAUAGACAGUUACAAUACUGACCAGUGUAAAUAGUUUUCUUCAUACCUGAGUGAACACUUACCUGUAUUAGUUAGUUGGCCAAUGUGUUAAAAAUGUACUGUUAUCUAUAGUUCAUAUAGGUUUACACUCAGUCAGUUUUGCUCAGUUUUAUGAAGAAUUAUGAUGUUAGAGCUUGGCAGAAUUCAUUAUUUAAAUUUAAUGAAAAUGGUGUUCAUUUUAUAAAGCCAUUUUAAUGACAAGCUUUAUUUAACAGUGACUGUCUACCUAGAUAUCAGGGUAAGUGAAAUAUUUAAUUAUUUGCAAAUUGUAAAUGUUUUUCAUUGAUUUCCUUUGUACAUGGAAAAUUAUUUGAUAAAAGUAAAGUUGUUAUAUUGAAUAAGUUGAAUAAGUUUAAUUGUAAAUAUGGGUUUAUUUUCAUAUACUUUUCUUUCAUACAUUUGUAUUACUACUCAAAUUUAAUGUGUGUAAAAUAUUUAGUAAGAAAAUGUCUUAAUUGAUAGGUCAUGGUGUUGAAGGACGUAUCAAUGUCAAAAGCAUGCAUGGUGCUAUGGUUUAUUAGCGUGAAGUACCAGCAACUGAAUACCACACAGUAUUUUGUAUUAUGCUGAGAGUGGAUCAACAUUAAUUGUAUCGUCUACGCAGAAUCGUAACCUUUUAUUUUGCUGUUCUACAUUGACCUUUGUUGGUCGGAGGUGACAUUUUGUUAUUACAAUAAUUGACCUUUAUAGGUCGGAGGUAACAUUUAUUAUUAUGACCUUACAUGGUCGGUGUGAUUGACUUUCAAAGUUAGUGUGAAUAUUGACCUUUUUAAGGUCGGAGCAGUUGAUAACUUCGUGUGGCAUUUUAUAUAUUAUUUUGGACGGCAAAAUAAACUGUUAAGUGGAAACAACGAUAUUAGAGACAAUUUAUGUGUUUUUGAUAUAUUCUUCUAAGAAUAUUCUCCAGUGACAAUACUAAAAUUCUUUUAACUAUUUAAGUGAACUUAGGAUUUCAUAACUAUCAAACAAGUACUUUAAUAUUUGAUAAAAUUAUAUAAUUUUUGUAAAUGUACUGAAUUCAAUUGUAUAAAUAAAUGUGUAUGUAAAUGUAAAAGGUCUUUUUUGUAAAAUAGUUAUUUUGAUGUUAGUUCUACCCACUCUGGUCAUCUCUGACUUGUGACAUUUGGUGUCAGAAGUGGGAUAAGUAGUUCUCCAUGAAAGUAACUAUUAAUAAAAAAAAAAUAUUGUGUUUUAUUUUAGAAAUUAUGGUCAUUCUUUUCAGGUAUUGGUUGUAAUCUAUGAACAAAGGAAGUGAUUGGAGUUGUGUUAUUUUACAGUCGGACCCUGAUGUCUAGAGUUCAGUCACUGUUCUGUGUGUAGUAAGUACAGGUACUAAUAAAGGUAGGAGGUUAGAAUUCUGCCAGGUUCAUCUAGUUUUGAAAAUUGGUUUUACACUUCACCUAGAUUUAAAUUGUGUUGAUAAGUGGAACAGGUAUAUACAUGUUAUAAAUACUUGUGGUUUCUGUGUGGCUGUACAAAUCUAUGAAAUGGUAUUUUAUGAUAUAUUUUCAAUGAGCGAAACAUUAGCAAAGGGAUAUCUUAUUUCUUAUUGACAAUUAGUCAAUGUAUAUAUUGUAUAUAUGUUAUAGUGUUUUUAUAAUCAUGGAAUCUUUAAAAGCAAUAACAGAAUUAGGUCGACAGAUGGGGUAUGAUGGGGAGGAGCUUAGAGCAUUUGUGAAGGAUCAACAAGACAGACAGCGAGAGGAAAGGAAAGAGAAACGUGAUAUCGUUCAAAGGGAACAACAGGUAGAGCGUGAAAGACAAGAGUAUGAAGUGAAGAUGGCUCAGAUUAAGUAUGAGACUGAUAAAGUAUCUCAAGAGGUAGACAUGAAGGUAUCAGACAGACACAAAAGCAGUGUACAUUUCGAUGAGAAAGUAGAACAAAGUAAGUCAAGAUCAAGAUCACCUACACCAGAUUGUAAGGAUGUUAAGGUUUGUAAUGCUUUUAUGCCGUUUACUGAUAGUGUUUCUUAUACUUCACCAGGAUCUAGCACAACAUUAAGUUCAGCUUGUGAUGUAUCAACAUCGCCUAUUUCAAUGCCAACUUCUCAUGGAAUCAUAGGUAAUGAAAUUGUGACUGUUUUAAGAGAUACUGGCUGUAGUGGUGUUGUCGUACGAAGGAGUUGCAUCCAGAAAAACCAAAUUACUGAUAGGAAACAGGUUUGUGUUUUAGCUGAUGGUACAAAGAUAGAGGUGCCGAUUGCAUGUAUAUAUAUAGACACGCCAUAUUUUUCAGGUGAAGUAGAAGCGUGGUGUAUGGAAAAUCCAAUUUAUGACUUGAUAAUUGGUAAUAUUUCAAGUGCUCGAAAUCCUGAAUCUCCAGACCCAAAUUGGAAACUUCAAGUAAGUGCUGUUCAGACAAGAAAGCAAUCACGUGAAAAGGGUAAUGUUGAGUAUCGGAAGAUGUUAGUUCCUGAUGUUGUAAAGGAUAGUGUGAGUCCUGAUGAUAUACAAAGAGAGCAGCAAAUUGAUUCUUCUUUAGCUAAGAUAAAGCGGCUCAUUUUAGAAGGGAAACAAAAUGGUAACACAUACUUUUACAUGAAAGGGUCAUUAAUAUUUAGAAAGUUUCAGUCACCAAGUGUGGAAAAAGGUAAGGUGUUUAAUCAAUUAGUUGUGCCUGAAAAGUUCCGUAAUACAGUUAUGAGGUUGGCGCAUGAAUCAGUUUUGUCCGGCCAUUUGGCAACAAGAAGAACUCUUGCAAAGGUUUUGUCUGAAUUUUACUGGCCUGGAGUGUCAUCUGAUGUGAAACGGUUUUGUCAGUCAUGCGAUAUAUGUCAGCGCACAGUAUCAAAAGGUAAAGUUGUCAGAGCUCCUCUUGGACAAAUGCCUUUAAUAGAUGUCCCAUUUAAACGGGUGGCAAUAGAUUUGGUUGGCCCUUUACAACCACGUUCAGAUAAAGGUAACAGAUAUAUUUUAACCUUGAUUGAUUACGCCACGAGAUAUGCAGAGGCUGCUGCAUUGCCGUCAAUUGAAACAGAGCGUGUUGCAGAAGCUUUGUUAGACAUGUUUUGCAGAAUAGGUGUACCAGAAGAGAUUCUUUCUGACAUGGGAACACAGUUUACAUCGGACAUGAUGAAAGAAGUAAGUAGACUUUUAUCUUUCAGGCAGUUGACAACAACACCAUAUCACCCAAUCUGUAAUGGAUUGUGUGAGAAAAUGAACGGGACAAUCAAGAUGAUGUUGAGAAGAUUAUGUGCUGAACGUCCGAAGGACUGGGAUAAGUACCUUAACCCCUUGUUGUUUGCAUAUCGGGAUUCUCCUCAGGAGAGUUUGGGUUUCACACCGUUUGAAUUAAUAUACGGUAGAUCAGUCCGUGGUCCUAUGACUAUUCUCAAAGAGUUAUGGACAAAAGAUAUUCCUGAUUCUGAGGUAAAGACUACAUAUCAGUACGUAUUAGAUCUUCAGCAAAGGCUAGAAGAAACAUGUAAAUUAGCACAGAAAAACUUGGCAGUUUCAUCUCAUAGGUACAGACAGAUAUAUAACAAAAGGUCAAGGGUGAAAAAUUUGAAAUCUGGUGAAAAAGUAUUGGUGUUGUUACCAACAGAUAACAACAAAUUAUUGAUGCAAUGGAAAGGUCCGUAUACUAUUGUAGAGAAGGUAGGUACUUUAGAUUAUAAAGUGCAAGUUCAUGAUAAAGUAAAAAUCUUCCAUGCAAAUAUGUUAAAGAAGUACUAUGUUCGUUCUAGUGUCAGUGUUAAAGAUGUCGCUACUGUAAAUGUAGCAGUUGUAGAUGAAAACUGUGACUCAGAAAUCGAUCCUGAUGUAGAUGGAUAUUUUGAAAUAGAUACUCCAUCGUUGGUGCCUACUGAAUCAUUUAAAGAUUGUAAAAUAUCUCAUAACCUUAAUCCUGAGCAGGUAAAUGAGUUGAAUGAAAUUCUAAAAGAAUAUUCUGAUGUUUUGUCUGACAAACCAGGUUUUACAAAUCUAGCAAAGCAUGACAUCAAAUUGACCACUGAUGAACCAAUAAGAGCCAAAGCAUACCCAGUACCUUUUGCUACAAGGCAGACUGUCAUUGAAGAGGUGAAACGAAUGCUUCAGUUAGGAGUUAUAGAACCAUCUGAAAGUGAGUAUUGUAGUAAUGUUGUGAUUGUUAAAAAACGUGAUAACACAAAUAGGUUUUGUAUAGAUUUUCGUCCUCUAAACCGUGUUACUGUAUUUGAUUGCGAGCCGAUUCCGAACCCAGAAGAAAUCUUUGUUAAGCUGUCAAAAUCAAAAUACAUUUCCAGACUUGACUUAACCAAAGGGUAUUGGCAAUUACCUCUCACAGAUUCUGCGAAGGCUUGUACAGCUUUCCGUACUCCAAUUGGAUUGUUUCAGUUUAGAACUAUGCCGUUCGGAUUAGUUUGUGCUAGUGCAAGUUUUAGUAGGCUGAUGCGCAAACUUCUAGAUGGAAUAUCAGAAGUAGAAAAUUUCAUUGAUGACAUUUUCCUGUACACUGAGACUUUUUCUCAUCAUUUACAAGUGUUGAAAGACUUGUUAGAGAGAUUAAGACAAGCUAAUUUGACGGUGAAACCAAGUAAGUGUUGUUUUGGUUAUCAAAGUACAGAAUGUCUUGGUCAUAUUAUUGGGAAAGGUUGUUUGGAACCGUUACCUGAUAAGCUUGAAGCUAUAAGAGAUGCCAAGAUACCAACUACAAAGAAACAGGUUCGAUCAUUUUUGGGUUUAGUUGGUUUUUAUAUGAGAUUUGUUCCUAACUUUGCUACAAUUGCUUCUCCGCUUACAGAUCUCACCAAAAAAGGGCAACCGAACAGAAUCAUAUGGGGAGAGUCACAACAAAAGGCGUUUGAGUCUUUGAAAAGGGCUCUAUGUUCAUUUCCAAUUUUAAAAUUGCCUGAUCUUGAUGCUAUGUUUAUUUUGCAGACAGACAGUAGUGAUAUUGGUAUAGGAGCAAUUUUGUUACAGGAAGAAAUAUGGUAUUAAGAAACCAUUAGCCUAUGCCAGUAGGAAGCUUAAGAAAGCAGAACUUAAUUAUGCAACAAUUGAGAAAGAAUGUUUGGCCCUUGUCUGGGGUGUUUUAAAGUUUCAAAAGUAUCUCUAUGGUAAAGAGUUUCUGCUCGAAACUGAUCAUCGUCCGUUAGUUUAUUUGAGGAGUAGUAAAGUGACCAACACCAAAAUUAAUGCGUUGGGCUUUACUGUUACAGCCAUACAGAUUCCGUAUUGUAGCUAUAAGGGGUAAAGAUAAUGUGGGUGCUGAUUGUUUGUCACGUCUUUAGAAAGUAUAUACGUACUGUGUUAAGUAUUUUUGAUUUUGUGUUUUGAACAGUGUGAACACUGCUUAACAAGGGGGAUAUGUCACAAAAUCAAUUAUAUUUUAUCUAUUUUUAAAUAUAAUAUCUUAUAAACCUGUUUCUAGGGAUAGACAGUUACAAUACUGACCAGUGUAAAUAGUUUUCUUCAUACCUGAGUGAACACUUACCUGUAUUAGUUAGUUGGCCAAUGUGUUAAAAAUGUACUGUUAUCUAUAGUUCAUAUAGGUUUACACUCAGUCAGUUUUGCUCAGUUUUAUGAAGAAUUAUGAUGUUAGAGCUUGGCAGAAUUCAUUAUUUAAAUUUAAUGAAAAUGGUGUUCAUUUUAUAAAGCCAUUCUAAUGACAAGCUUUAUUUAACAGUGACUGUCUACCUAGAUAUCAGGGUCAUGGUGUUGAAGGACGUGUCAAUGUCAAAAGCAUGCAUGGUGCUAUGGUUUAUUAGCGUGAAGUACCAGCAACUGAAUACCACACAGUAUUUUGUAUUAUGCUGAGAGUGGAUCAACAUUAAUUGUAUCGUCUACGCAGAAUCGUAACCUUUUAUUUUGCUGUUCUACAUUGACCUUUGUUGGUCGGAGGUGACAUUUUGUUAUUACAAUAAUUGACCUUUAUAGGUCGGAGGUAACAUUUAUUAUUAUGACCUUACAUGGUCGGUGUGAUUGACUUUCAAAAUUAGUGUGAAUAUUGACCUUUUUAAGGUCGGAGCAGUUGAUAACUUCGUGUGGCAUUUUAUAUAGUGUUUUGGACGGCAAAAUAAAUUGUUAAGUGGAAACAACGAUAUUAGAGACAAUUUAUGUGUUUUGAUAUAUUUUUCUAAGAAUAUUCUCCAGUGACAAUACUUAAAUUCUUUUAACUACUUAAGUGAACUUAGAAUUUCAUAACUAUCAAACAAGUACUUUAAUAUUUGAUAAAAUUAUGUAAUUUUAGUAAAUGUAUUGAAUUUUAUUGUAUAAAUAAAUGUGUAUAUAAAUGUAAAA